CCCGCGCCCCACGGUGCGUCCAGCAGCCGCGCGGCCCAGGGCGCUGCGGUCCCCCGGCCCGGCCGGGGCAGGCGCAGCAGUGGGACAACUUGGCAAACUUCGGGGCGGACGGCAGGGACGCCGGGCGCCGCUGCAAGAGGAUGUAGGAGGGCGGUGGCCGGAGCCGGGCGUCCCCCGACCUCCGCGGCCCUCAGCCAUGGGGCUCCGGCGCCUUCCAGGCCGCCGUGGGGGCCACCCCCCGGUCUAGCCGAAGCCGGGCAGCGCGCUCGCCCCGCCAUGGACCACCAGGAGCCCUACUCGGUGCAGGCCACGGCGGCCAUUGCGGCGGUCACCACCUUCCUCAUCAUCUUCACCAUCUUCGGCAACGCCCUGGUCAUCCUGGCCGUGCUGACCAGCCGCUCUCUGCGCGCGCCGCAGAACCUCUUCCUGGUGUCGCUGGCGGCCGCCGACAUCCUGGUGGCCACGCUCAUCAUCCCCUUCUCGCUGGCCAACGAGCUGCUGGGCUACUGGUACUUCCGGCGCACGUGGUGCGAGGUGUACCUGGCGCUGGACGUGCUCUUCUGCACGUCGUCCAUCGUGCACCUCUGCGCCAUCAGCCUGGACCGCUACUGGGCCGUGAGCCGCGCGCUCGAGUACAACUCCAAGCGCACGCCGCGCCGCAUCAAGCGCACCAUCCUGGUCGUGUGGCUCAUCGCGGCCGCCAUCUCGCUUCCGCCCCUCGUCUACAAGGGGGACCCGGGCCCCCAGCCCCGCGGGCGCCCCCAGUGCAAGCUCAACCAGGAGGCCUGGUACAUCCUGGCCUCCAGCGUCGGCUCCUUCUUCGCGCCCUGCCUCAUCAUGGUCCUCGUCUACCUGCGCAUCUACCUGAUCGCCAAGCGCAGCCACCGCCGCGGCCCCAGGGCCAAGGGUGCGCCCGGGGAGGCCAGGCAGCCCCGCCCCCUUCCGGAGGGGGCUGCGGCUGCAGCCAAGGGGCCCACCCUGGCCUCUCCUGGGACCACUGGUGUAGAAGCCACUGGCCACUCCCAGGCUACGGAGGAGGACGAGGAGGGGGGCGCCCCGGAAGAUCCUGGGGCCCAGGCCUUGCCACCCGGCUGGCCUGCCCUUCCCAGCCCAGGCCAGGGCCCGACGGAGGGCGCCGGCGGGGCCUCUCCGGAACAGGAGGCCGGGGGAGACGGUGAGCCCGAGGUCCCCCCGGCCUCCCCUGCCCCUGCUGGCAGCCCCCCGCUGCCACCACCUCAGGGCUCCCGGGUGCUGGCCACCCUCCGCGGCCAGGUGCUCCUGGGCAGGGGUGCAGGUGCGGUGAGUGGGCAGUGGUGGCGUCGGCGGGCGCAGCUGACGCGGGAGAAGCGCUUCACCUUCGUGCUGGCCGUGGUCAUCGGGGUCUUCGUCCUCUGCUGGUUCCCCUUCUUCUUCAGCUACAGCCUGGGCGCCAUCUGCCCACAGCACUGCAAGGUGCCCCCCGGCCUCUUCCAGUUCUUCUUCUGGAUCGGCUACUGCAACAGCUCGCUCAACCCCGUCAUCUACACCAUCUUCAACCAGGACUUCCGCCGCGCCUUCCGAAGGAUCCUUUGCCGCCGGUGGACCCAGACGGCCUCGUGAGCCCGCCGGCCUGCUGCCUGCCCGGGGUCAGUGCCAGGUGUGCCAGGGCCACCUGUGUCCUGGCCUCCUCGAUGUGCCGGCCUCCCUGGGGCUUUCUGGUGCCCACCUUGGUCCUGCGGGCCUCGCCUUGGAGCCCUCCGGGAUGGGGGUGCUGGAGUGCCCCUUGCAGCGUCCAUCUGAAGCCUCCCCUUGCUGACCGGCCGGGGGCUGGGGGGCUCUUCUCCCAAGUCCACCUGAGCACAGGUGGGUACAUGAGGCUCAGACCUCCCUGAAUGCAGGUGAGGCCAGGCGAGAAGCGAGGCCUUCCCUUCCAGAACCCCGGCCCCUACAAGCCAACAGACGGACACCCCUUCCUCAAGGACCCCGGUUUCCCUGGCUGGACUCUUGCUUGUGAUGCUUUUGCUUGUUUCUCCUCUUCCCCCCAAAGAGCAGGACACCAACCUUCCACUGCCCCUAGGCGAGCCUGUUGCUGAGGAGGGGGCAGAAACAGAGACCCUUCAACCCUCCGGGCACCCGUGGGCCCCUUCAGGCUGGGUGGGGGGUUGGGGGCUGGCAUUGUGUCUGGGCCCUUCUCUCCUGCCCCCCUGCUUUUGAACUUUUAGCUCCUUUAAAGCCCAGAACCGUGGACUAGUUUCUGCGCCCGGCAUACCUCUGGGAGUCGGGGGCUCGCGGUCAUCACGGUGGGGUCUAGAGGCCUGGCCUCUGCCUCGGCGGCAGACCCCCGAUCGCUGGCAUCUAGCCCCUGCCCACACUAGCGACAGUCACUGGCCGCCUACUUGCCAGGAGAUGAAAGGUUUUGCAGAAAGCUUUGAGCUCUGUGGGGGGGAUGCUAAAGAACCAGAAAAUGUGAUUAUCCGGUGAUAUAAAAAAGUCCCCUUUCUGUGUGUUUGCCACCACCCGUCUCCCUAUAGACUUUUGUUCUGUGCCUGGGGUGUGUGAAUUCCUACCCUGAGCUGGAAGCCGGGAGUGGCAGACAGAAUCCCUGCUUAGUUAAAGGAUCUCUGAGAAUGUGUGCGUGUUCUGCAAACGUUUGCAACAUUAGGCCUCAUGAUGGCUUCUCGACAUUUCACCUGCAACACCAAGAGGGGUUUCAGUGGCUUUGGGCCCCAGUGGGAGGCAAACUGUCUCCCCAAGAGAGCUAAAAAUACCCAUACAUGGGACAGUCUGGGAUGAGCGGCUGUGGUGGGGGGACGGAUCCCACAGGCGGGGUGCUGGGGCCGGAGCAGGUGAGCAGGGUCCCUGUCGACAAGGGCUCCUACCCCGGGUGGGUGUCAGCUGACCAGCUCGCACCUGACUGCAUGGCCCCACCCAGCUGGGGGCUCCGGGGACCUCUCCCUGCUGGCUCUCCCCGUCCUCAGACCCUGGCACCUGGAAAGGGGGAGCCCGGCACCUGGACUCAGCAGCUUUGGCUCGUGGGGCUUAUGGGGCAGAGCGGGCAGCUGCUGUUGUCACUGCAGGGGCUGGCCGGGACGGGAGGGGAGGCGGUGUCCGGCUGGUUCCCGGGCCCCGGUUGUGGGGCCUUGGCCCGGGGCGGGGCUGGCUGGGCACAUCUGCUGGCUGGUCUUGUGUGUGCCCCGUGCGGGACCCCGUGGGACCCCUGGCACUGCUGCCUGUGGCCUGCUUGUCGUAACCUGCAGGUGUUUUUACAAAGUCUGACCUAUUUUAUCAAUAAAGGAUAUUUUGUAAUAA